UUGUGUAUCCUCAGUGUUUUUCUCUCUUGAGUGUUUUAUUGAGUGUAAACAGAGUCUUGUGCCUGUGUAUUUUAGUGUUGAUGAUGGAUGUGAUGUGCUGUAAAUCAGGAUCUGAUCAGGGCUUACAGGAUGAGGAAUCUACUGAUCAAACCUCCACAGAGUCUCUGGAUUCUGUCUGGAACGCUGGAGAACAGCAGCAGAUCCUGCAGACCAAACUCAAGAUGUGUUCAGUCAAACUCAUCGACUUCAGGAACCUCAUGAUGAAGAUCAAAACUGAACCUACAGAAAUAAAAACUGAACAUACAGAAAUUAAAACUGAACCCACAGAAGAUAAGGACAUUCAUGACAAUGAUGAUUUUAUUUCUUCAGAUGUGAGGAGUGAAUUAUGUUUGGAUGGAGAAAUAACAUCAUCGGCUCUUUCCUGCAUCACCGGUGGAGAGACAUUGAGCUCACAGAGACAUUUAGAGAGAAAACACACAGAACAGAAACUCUUCACCCGCACCAGAUCUCAGAUCAGCUUUAAUACCUUAAAAGAGAAGAAACUUCAUUCAGAAGAACACAGAGAGAAAAAAUGUCACUGUCAGCAGUGUGGGAAGGAUUUUGACUUCUUAUCUCAGCUAAAACGUCACAUGAGGACACACAAUGGUGAAAAACCUUUCUACUGCACUGAAUGUGGCCAUUACUUCAGAACCAAAGGAACUCUUAAUGCUCAUAAGAAAAUUCACACAGGAGAAAAACCAUACGAGUGUCCUCACUGUGAGAUGAAAUUUAGCCUCAAACAUCAAUGGAAGAGACACGUGCGUAUACACACCAAUGAGAGACCGUAUCAGUGCCCUGAAUGUGGAAUAACCUUCAGCCAUUCAGAUUCAUUAAAAUCACACCUGAAUAUUCACUCUGAAGAGAAACUCCAUCAAUGUUCACACUGUGAUAAACGUUUCAGUCUUAAAACUACACUUAAAGUCCAUGAGAGAGUUCACACUGGAGAGAAACCUCAUUACUGUAGUGUUUGUGGGAAGAGUUUCAGUCGACAUGAACGUUUAUUAAAUCACCAGAGAAUUCAUACAGGUGAGAAACCUUACAAAUGCUCUCAGUGUGAGAAGACGUUUACGGAGUCAGGUCACUUAAAAGCCCAUCAGAGAGUUCAUACAGGAGAGAAACCAUACAAAUGCUUUCAGUGUGGGAAGACGUUUACUCUGUCAGGUAACUUAAAGGUCCAUCAGAGACUUCAUACUGAAGAGAAACCUUAUCAAUGUAAUGUCUGUGGGAAGAGUUUCAAUCAACAUGGCAGUUUACUGAAACACCAGAAAACUCAUACAGGUGAAAAACCUUAAAAACCUCUCAGUGUGAGAAGCGUUUACAUGAUCAGGUCACUUAAAAUCCCAUGAGAGAUUUCACACUGAAGAGAAACCUUACAUCUGCUCGAUCUGUGGAGAGAGAUUUGCUCUUUCUAGAAGUCUUCAGCAUCAUCAGAAGAAACUGAAGAACAAACUACACUGAAAUCAACAUAGUUGCCUUAAAGUCUUUACACGACUAAGACAAUAACCUCCAAUAAGACAGGAGGUUAAACAGUCAAUUUGAGUUUGUUUAUGAAGAGAUAUUGUAAAGCAAUACAAUCUUGGUUGGUGUUGUUAAUCUGAUUUGACCCUCAGGUGAGGCUGCUGACAUGCAUUCAAACCUCGUUGAUCUCUUCACUACAAAUUCUUACAUCCUAAACCUUCCUCCCAGCCUUCAGGCUCACAUGAUUGAGUAUCUGCUGAAUAUAUAUGAUCUUAUGUAUAUAUGUUGUUCUUACUGAGAGUGCAAUUUAUAUUCAUGUGUGGUAUCAUUUUAAAGGCCAUGUUGUGAUGGGUAAAAAUGUCUAAUUUCUAUAUAAGUCUAAAAGAAACUGUACCAAAGUUCAGAAUUUAUAGCAUAAUCUGCACUCCUACGAGAAGUGUGUCCUCCUGAGGAGAUCUAGUUAACAGAUGGCUAACAAUCCCAUUUGGUGCCCCUUCAGGUCAUGUGAACCUGACCAACCAAAUCCUGAUUUGGGACUUUUAUGAUUCUUUGUCUCAUGACUCAGUGAGGAUUCUGUAAUUUGUAAACAACUGUGUGUGUGUGUAUUAAAACAUAAGCCAGUAUGAAUUUGUAACGUUUGCAACUGUUGAUAAUUUUAAAUAUAGAAUUUAAUCAUAUUCUGUUUUGUAUUCUUUAAUUGAUGUUUGAAGUUGAAACCUGCCUGGCACAAUAAAUUGUUUUUAUUGAUUCA